AUUACUUUUAUUUACUGGUCUGUAGUCAUCAUGUAAACUCAAACUUUUACGUUAUUUUCGAAAUGAGUGUUAGAAAUGGCAGUCCAAAUUGUAAUAAAAAAUCAACUCCUCCUACGAAAGAAAGAGUUCGAAAUCCGUUUGAUAAAGUUUUAAUUGAAAGGUUACACAAUCCAAUAUGCAGUCCGGGAAUGUGCAAAAUCUACAAAAAACAAAAAAAUGGUUCAUUCCGAUGGGACAUCGACCAAGCAUGUACAUUGUUACCAGCUGAUAUUGUUGCAUGCAGUAGCCAGUUCGAACCUACGCCAGAUCCUGUUUUAGAGAAGAUUGCAGAGGAUGCAAACGAAAAAUUUUUUUCUCAAGAAAUGGUUGUUCCAAGUCCAUUAGAAGUAUCCAAAAAAAUUAAACCACUUCUAUCAUCAUCAACUGAGAGUAACUUAAUUAUUACCAGUUUAAUAAGUGACAAGACUGUCCAAGUAAGAGAUUUUUCAGCGCAGACAGUGCUCUCUCUACCACCAGAACUCCCUCCUGAAAUUGAAUCAAUAUUACAACAAUUCUGUACUUUUACACAGGACCAGGACUUAUCUGGUGAAUACGAAAUCACUGCCAAUGGGUCGCUAAGAAGGCAGUUAAUCUUCGAAGAGCACAGCGAUAUGGAUCAUGAUGACUCCGAGCAAACUGAUGACGAAAUCCACAUAGAACAACGUCCACCAUCCAGUUUUGAGAGCCACACUCCUGUCACAGUUAGUCCUGAUUUAUCGUGCGAUGUAGUGGCAAAGGGCAUGAAGCGGACGUUUGGCACACCGCUACACAAAGGUCAAAGUGACAGAAAACCAUGCUAUCGCAACAAAAUACUGGAUAUGGUGGACUUCGGGGAACCUUGUUUCAGCCCCAUAGAGUUUCGGACGCCGAAGCGUAACCAGACGUCCACUACGUCAUCUUCAUUGGCAUCUGUAUCAAUAUCUCCUGUUACUAAGGCUAUUUCCAGUGAUGAGAAAAACAAUUUCACAUCGCCGGAAUCCGAAGCUAUGGCGACUUGUCUCGACUGCGUUGUUUCUUCGUCGAGUAGUAACGCAAAGGCUGCAUGCUUUUGUAACAUCGCGCCGACUAAAUCGAUUGUAAAAAGAAGCACUUCCCUCAAAGACUCUCCCCGACAAAGCAAAAGGGGCUCUUUCUCGGAAAAACGAAGUCAAAGUAUGUCGAGUUUGAAUCGGAGUCGCUCAGUUCAGAAAUUAGACUUCAGCAUGGAUAUGAGCAUUGAUGGCUCUCUUCAUAAUAUUUCUCAAGCGGAUUCCGAGAGCUCUCCAAAAGCAAAACAAGUAACUUGGUCCAUAGAAGAGGAUACCAGUGUACAAACAUUAGUUAAAACUGAAACAGCGCAAUCACCCGAAAUACAGUCUUCCACUCAAAUAAUUAGUGUUAAUAACUUACUUGACGAAACACCCAUAAAGGGUAAACACAAGAAAAGUAUACUAUCACAUGAGAUAAGUAAAAUUCGAGCACCCAUAGGCGUAAGUCCAGUGAAUAUGUCUUUAGAUAGUAGCUUAGAAAAUUUUGAUAUACCUCUAUGCAUGGAGCAAAAGAAGAUAGACUUCAACAGCAUUGAUCUCAAACUAUUGACUGACAACGUUUCUCAAUUUGACUACAACUCGAAUGGUACUCGUGUUGGCGAGAGUUCGUCGAGUUUCAAGAGACUCGAUAGCGGCUAUAAUGAGAACACAUUCUACGCUUCUAGUUAUUAUGAAAGUGCCAUAAAACCCUCAGAGUUGACUGUUACAAAUCCAAAGAUUAAUACGACAGCUUUAAAAGAAAUAUCUAAUAUUAACUGGAUGAGAGUGGACAGUGGGUUCAAAGACGAGACUUCCACCGACAGCAUGCAAUUUUACUCUAAUGACAGCACAAACAAGAAGAUAUUUCGGUUUUCCGAAGCGAAACUACCGGACAAGGAGAAUAUGGAGGAGUAUGAAAAGUUCCUAACCCACACAUCGAGUAACAAUGAAGCUAUAUCUAUGUCUGAUAUAUUUACCGAUGACAUGACGUUCAAUUGCAACUUUUCAUCGACACCAUCCAAGAAUAAGUCCCGCAAUGUUAAUAAUUAGUUUGAUUCACUCGCCAUUGAGGGUAUAUUUUUAGGAAAUUAUGAAUUUUGUAUGCAUUUAUUAGCUUUAGUUAAUAUUCUGGGAGAGUUUUAGCAAUUUUUGAUGGGUGUUUUGAAGUUGAAAUUUUGUAUGGCUUUCCGCGUAACUUAAGUGCUGCCAACUGUCGGAUAUAUCACAUUGUUUUAUUCGAUGGCAUUUAAAAUAAGAUGCAGUGUAGUUUUUGGAUUCAAACAUAAAUCAAUUCUGGCUUUCCGCAAGAUAACUUUAAACUCGCCUGCCACUUGUUUUUGUUUGUUUGUUUUAAGUCUUUAUUGCACACACACAUUUUAUAUAAAUUAAACACAAAUACAGAAGAAACUUAAAAUAAUAAAAAUAAAAUAGAGCGUGCAAAGGCGGUCUUAUCACUAAAGCGAUUCUCUUCUCUUCUCUUGUUUUAUUACAAUAUACAUUUUUUCAGCAAUUUCUAAUUAAAUCGUAAAAUGAAAAUACUAUUAAAAAAAUCAUAACGACCUUCAAAUAACUGCUUACGGGCCAUUAGGUCUUGUUUGCCAUACUUACUAUUGCACCAGGAAUGAUAGGUUCCCGUGUUUAUGAAGUUUAAUUGUUUCUAUGACACCCCUAAAAAUUGUUUACGCCUCUUGGGCAAGUGGCGUGCACUUUAUACAUUUAUAAUAUAGGAUAUAAUAUUCCAUAUGUUUAUGAAUGCUAAAUGUUGGAAUAAUUUGAUAAGUGUGCAUUAUGCAGUUCAAAUUAACACACAGGCUUGUCCAGGUUGACAUUAUUACAUACGAGUAGUAGAGUCACUUCAUACGUACACAAAAGCGCUGCCUACCCAAAAUUUAAACUCUUGUAGGAGGGGGAUUUUCAAUUGUACGCCUUAUCCCAGCCUUAUGACCCUGGUCAAAAGCGAUGUGAACGCCACCGCUUAAGAGAUAUAAUUAAUAGUUUCGUACAUGAACUUAAAAUUAUUAUUUUAAGAUUUUAUAUCUUCCUGAAUGCAAAAUAAACAAGAUAUUUAAAUUACUUACCACUGUGUCUCAUCAAGAGUUAUUUUUAGGAAAAUUGCUUAUUUUUUAUUUUCUAUUUUCUAUUUUUAAGUAGUAUAAAUUAUGUGGAGGCAAUACCGAUAUAUUAUGCCUAAAUAAUAUUAUUAUUGCCUUUUAUUAAGUACACGCCACUGUAGGGUAUUUUAUGAUUAAUUUUGAUGCGGAUCCACUAUUGUGGAUUUUUAUUUAAUAACAUUAAAUAUGUGACUUACAUAAUGCAUGAAAUUAUUGUUUUUGAA